AUGGCCAACCACUACUCGCUAGACGCACAUCUCUACAGAAUAAACCUCGUUGACAGCAAUAUAUCCCUCUCUUUAAAAGUCCCGUUCAAGAUAGCAGGAGGCUUCAACUCUUCCAUCGACGAACAUCCCUAUCUGGUGGCGCUGGAAAGCAAUAAAAAUCUAGUUUGUGCCGGGUCGAUUCUAUCGCCCAGUUGGAUUCUAACGGCAGCUCAUUGUCUACUCGACAAAAAGCCAGUUGAUUUGACGAUUCGGGCUGGCUCUUCCGAGAGAGGAGACCAAGGAACAACUAUUCCGGCGAAAGAAUUCUACAUUCACAAAUGGUACGAUGUUCACUCGUCUAGGAACGAUAUUGCCCUGGUGGAACUAAGCCAGCCUAUCACCCGGAAUAACAGUUCGUUGACGUGGGGUGAGAUGGUAAAUCUUGUGGAGCCCGACUCAGAAUUUUUACCCGAAACGAUUUGCACCGUGAGUGGGUGGGGCUCGUUGACAACGUUCGGAGCAUUUCCAGACCGAUUGCAUUCCGUUGAAAUCCCUCUGUGGUCCACCGAGAAAUGCCGGCAGGCUUACUGGCCUGUCGAUAUAAGCGACGACAAGAUUUGCGCUGGAUCUCCUGGGAAGGACUCGUGUAGAGCCGACUCGGGAUCUCCACUGAUGUGCAAAGGAAAGCAGAUCGGUUUAGUUUCCUGGGGGUUCCGAUGUGGUGAUCCAAACUAUCCAGGGGUGUACACAAAUGUAAGCUACUUUUACGACUGGAUUCACAUGACCUCAGUUCCAGCCCGGAAAUUGGUUCGUUCGGAAUGGGUGCACUCGGUAUCGGAAGCACUAGCCGUUGACAAGUACACUCAUCAUCGCUAG